AAAUUCCUUUUUUUUAUUCUUUUCAGGCCAAAUAGAAUAAUGAGACUUCGUUUCAAUCAUUUUGCUACAGAGUGUAGUUGGGACCAUUUAUACGUUUAUGAUGGGGACUCAAUUUAUGCACCGCUAGUUGCUGCAUUUAGUGGCCUCAUUGUUCCUGAGAGAGAUGGCAAUGAGACUGUCCCUGAGGUUGUUGCCACAUCAGGUUAUGCCCUGCUGCAUUUUUUUAGUGAUGCUGCUUAUAAUUUGACUGGAUUUAAUAUUACUUACAGUUUUGACAUGUGUCCGAAUAACUGCUCAGGCCGAGGAGAGUGUAAGAUCAGUAAUAACAGCAAUACUGUUGAAUGUGAAUGUUCUGAAAACUGGAAAGGUGAAGCAUGUGACAUUCCUUACUGUACAGACAACUGUGGUUCUCCUCGUCGAGGCAUCUGCAAUUCAAGUGAUAUCAGAGGAUGCUCCUGCUUCUCAGGCUGGCAGGGUCCUGGAUGUUCAGUUCCUGUACCAGCUAACCAGUCAUUUUGGACUCGAGAGGAAUAUUCUAACUUAAAGCUCCCCAGAGCAUCUCAUAAAGCUGUGGUCAAUGGAAACAUUAUGUGGGUUGUUGGAGGAUAUAUGUUCAACCACUCAGAUUACAACAUGGUUCUAGCGUAUGACCUUGCUUCUAGGGAGUGGCUUCCACUAAACCAUUCUGUGAACAAUGUGGUUGUUAGAUAUGGUCAUUCUUUGGCAUUAUACAAGGAUAAAAUUUACAUGUAUGGAGGAAAAAUUGAUUCAACUGGGAAUGUGACCAAUGAGUUGAGAGUUUUUCACAUUCAUAAUGAGUCAUGGGUAUUGUUGACUCCUAAGGCAAAGGAGCAGUAUGCAGUGGUUGGGCACUCCUCACACAUUGUUACGCUGAAGAAUGGCCGAGUGGUCAUGCUGGUCAUCUUUGGUCACUGCCCUCUCUAUGGAUAUAUAAGUAAUGUGCAGGAAUAUGAUUUGGAUAAGAACACGUGGAGUAUAUUACACACCCAGGGUGCCCUUGUGCAAGGGGGUUACGGCCAUAGCAGUGUUUAUGACCAUAGGACCAGGGCCCUGUAUGUUCAUGGUGGCUACAAGGCUUUCAGUGCCAAUAAGUACCGGCUUGCAGAUGAUCUCUACCGAUAUCAUGUGGAUACCCAGAUGUGGACCAUUCUUAAGGACAGCCGAUUUUUCCGUUACUUGCACACAGCUGUGAUAGUGAGUGGAACCAUGCUAGUGUUUGGAGGAAACACACACAAUGACACAUCUAUGAGCCAUGGUGCCAAAUGCUUCUCUUCAGAUUUCAUGGCCUAUGACAUUGCCUGUGACCGCUGGUCAGUGCUUCCCAGACCUGAUCUCCACCAUGAUGUCAACAGAUUUGGCCAUUCAGCAGUCUUACACAACAGCACCAUGUAUGUGUUCGGUGGUUUCAAUAGUCUCCUUCUCAGUGACAUCCUGGUAUUCACCUCGGAACAGUGUGAUGGGCAUCGGAGUGAAGCCGCUUGUUUAGCAGCAGGACCUGGUAUCCGGUGUGUGUGGGACACAGGGUCAUCUCAGUGUAUCUCGUGGGCGCUGGCAACUGAUGAACAAGAAGAAAAGUUAAAAUCAGAAUGUUUUUCCAAAAGAACUCUUGACCAUGACAGAUGUGACCAGCACACGGAUUGUUACAGCUGCACAGCCAACACCAAUGACUGCCACUGGUGCAAUGACCAUUGUGUCCCCAGGAACCACAGCUGCACGGAAGGCCAGAUCUCCAUUUUUAGGUAUGAGAAUUGCCCCAAGGAUAACCCCAUGUACUACUGUAACAAGAAGACCAGCUGCAGGAGCUGCGCCCUGGACCAGAAUUGCCAGUGGGAGCCCCGGAAUCAGGAGUGCAUUGCCCUGCCCGAAAAUAUCUGUGGCAUUGGCUGGCAUUUGGUUGGAAACUCAUGUUUGAAAAUUACUACUGCCAAGGAGAAUUAUGACAAUGCUAAAUUGUUCUGUAGGAACCACAAUGCCGUUUUGGCUUCUCUUACAACCCAGAAGAAGGUAGAAUUUGUCCUUAAGCAGCUGCGAAUAAUGCAGUCAUCUCAGAGCAUGUCCAAGCUCACUUUAACCCCAUGGGUCGGCCUUCGGAAGAUCAAUGUGUCCUACUGGUGCUGGGAAGAUAUGUCCCCAUUUACAAAUAGUUUACUACAGUGGAUGCCAUCUGAGCCCAGUGAUGCUGGAUUCUGUGGAAUUUUAUCAGAACCCAGUACUCGGGGACUGAAGGCUGCAACCUGCAUCAACCCACUCAAUGGUAGCGUCUGUGAAAGGCCUGCAAACCACAGUGCCAAGCAGUGCCGGACACCAUGUGCCUUGAGGACAGCAUGUGGAGAGUGCACCAGUGGCAGCUCUGAGUGCAUGUGGUGCAGCAACAUGAAGCAGUGUGUGGACUCCAAUGCCUACGUGGCCUCUUUCCCUUUUGGCCAGUGUAUGGAGUGGUAUACAAUGAGCACCUGUCCCCCUGAAAAUUGUUCAGGCUACUGUACCUGUAGUCAUUGCUUGGAGCAACCAGGCUGUGGCUGGUGUACUGAUCCCAGCAAUACUGGCAAAGGGAAAUGCAUAGAGGGUUCCUAUAAAGGACCAGUGAAGAUGCCUUCGCAGGCCCCUACAGGAAAUUUCUAUCCACAGCCCCUGCUCAAUUCCAGCAUGUGUCUGGAGGACAGCAGAUACAACUGGUCUUUCAUUCACUGUCCAGCUUGCCAAUGCAAUGGCCACAGUAAAUGCAUCAAUCAGAGCAUCUGUGAGAAAUGUGAGAACCUGACCACAGGCAAGCACUGCGAGACCUGCAUAUCUGGCUUCUACGGUGAUCCCACCAACGGAGGGAAAUGUCAGCCAUGCAAGUGCAAUGGGCACGCGUCGCUGUGCAACACCAACACGGGCAAGUGCUUCUGUACCACCAAGGGCGUCAAGGGGGACGAGUGCCAGCUAUGUGAGGUAGAAAAUCGAUACCAGGGAAACCCUCUCAAAGGAACAUGUUAUUAUACUCUUCUUAUUGACUAUCAGUUCACUUUCAGUCUAUCCCAGGAAGAUGACCGCUAUUACACAGCUAUCAAUUUUGUGGCUACUCCUGAUGAACAAAACAGGGAUUUGGACAUGUUCAUCAAUGCCUCUAAGAAUUUCAACCUCAACAUCACCUGGGCUGCCAGCUUCUCAGCUGGAACCCAGGCUGGAGAAGAGAUGCCUGUUGUUUCAAAAACCAACAUUAAGGAGUACAAAGAUAGUUUCUCUAAUGAGAAGUUUGAUUUUCGCAACCACCCAAAUAUCACUUUCUUUGUUUAUGUCAGUAAUUUCACCUGGCCCAUCAAAAUUCAGAUUGCCUUCUCCCAGCACAGCAAUUUUAUGGACCUGGUACAGUUCUUCGUGACUUUCUUCAGUUGUUUCCUCUCUUUGCUCCUGGUGGCUGCUGUGGUUUGGAAGAUCAAACAAAGUUGUUGGGCCUCCAGACGUAGAGAGCAACUUCUUCGAGAGAUGCAACAGAUGGCCAGCCGUCCCUUUGCCUCUGUAAAUGUCGCCUUGGAAACAGAUGAGGAGCCUCCUGAUCUUAUUGGGGGGAGUAUAAAGACUGUUCCCAAACCCAUUGCACUGGAGCCAUGUUUUGGCAACAAAGCCGCUGUCCUCUCUGUGUUUGUGAGGCUCCCUCGAGGCCUGGGUGGCAUCCCUCCUCCUGGGCAGUCAGGUCUUGCUGUGGCCAGCGCCCUGGUGGACAUUUCUCAGCAGAUGCCGAUAGUGUACAAGGAGAAGUCAGGAGCCGUGAGAAACCGGAAGCAGCAGCCCCCUGCACAGCCUGGGACCUGCAUCUGAUUCUGGGACCAGGGACUCUCCCGCGCACGAGCCAGUGAGUGGCACACCAGAGCUGUCUGCAGAGAAGGACGCGGCGGGGAAACGGCUGUGCGGUGCGGGGCAGAAGACUGGAAACCCUCAAAGCAUCUGACUCACCUGCAUGAUCACAAGCUUUCUUUGACGGUUUCUCCCAUCUGUGUUCCAGCAUCUAACCUUUUACUUUUGCAUAGGAAAUACUUGAUUUAAUUACAGGUCCAGGAAUGAGCUGAUGGUUGCUGGAGGAGGCCGGUGUAGAGCCAGUGAGAGAACUAGGAAUGACACUCAGGUUCACUGUGGAAAACUGUUCUUGGGACUGUCUCAA